UCUCUCCGUCUCGCUCUUUCUUUCGCUCCUAAUGUGUUUAAGUGAAUUUAAGCCGCUCUUUGACGUCACUUGUCGGUGUUGUUGGCGGCGCCGUCUCUGGCUCUGCCUUUGCCUCUUACCUUGCGCCUGUCCCGCCGUCCAAUCAGGCCGCCACUUUUAAUCGCAUCGCGCGCAUCUUUCCCAAAUGCGUUUCGUGUCGGUUUUUGUUUUUUUCUCUUGUCUCAUUGCCCCCAAGACGCGUGACUUGGGCUUUUAAGCUUACGGCUCACAUGUGCAUAUGCAACUGCAUGUGUGUAUGUGUGUGUGCAGCAGCAGCAUUUAAUUGGAUCUGGAUCUGGAUUAUUCAUUUGCACACAGCUGAAUAUUAUGGAAAAGGCGAAAGCGUACAUUAAAAAUGAACUUCGUGGCAGCAGCGCACCACUGCAAUCCGAGCCAACAGCAACACCACCGCCUCCGAUGCCGCAGGGGCACAGUCAGCACGCGGUCGGCGCGGAGCUGAUGCCGUCGCCGCUUGGUGGCUAUCAUAGUAAUAUGCAGCAAUAUUAUCCAGCGCCAGUCCGGUCGACGGGCCGCGCCUCGGCACCGCCCGAACAUAUGAGCGCAUCCGUUUGCUUUGUCUGCGGCGGACAUGGCAGCUACGAGGCAUUGCGCGUGCGCAUCAAUCCAGAGCGGCCGAGCGAGGCGCAUUUUCCGUUCCUGGAGCGGCACGAGCCGCCACAGGGAGUGCCGCCCGUGGCAGCCGGCCAAAUGUACGUGAUGGCCUGCAUGCUCUGCUUUCGCCUGCUGCACGAGCAAUGGGAGGCGUUCGAAAGGCAGAAGAAGCCGCUGCUGCAGCGCAUUUAUCAUAUGAAGCGGGUUGAUGGCAAGGGCUACAUUGGAGCAGAUGUGGCCACGCAGAGUGAGUAUGCGGCCCAAAUGCUGGGCCUCAGCGCUGAGCAUCUCAGCCAGAACGGACUCGCUGAGCUGCACAAUGCAGCGGCAGCGCCGCCUUUGGAUCCGUAUGCCUUGGGCAGGCAUUAUGCUGUUGGGGCGCCGCCGGCGGUGUCGCCUCAACUUCUGCAACACCAUAGUACCUCAAGGAAUGCCUCGCCAGACUAUUAUCCUCGCAAUGCCACGCCCACUAGCCACAGUCAUGGCUAUAGCAAUCACAAAUACCUGAGCCGGCCGCAGUCGCGAGAUAUGCAGCUGCCAUCGCCAUUGUCGCGACCGCCCAGCGAGCCGCCAGCUCGCACGUCGGCCGGCUCCAGCUCCAACUUUGCGCAGCACAAGUUUAAGCUGGGCCAGCACAACUAUCAGCCGCCAGCGCCGCCCCAGUCGCCGGCACAGUACCAGCCCGCCCAGUACCAGCAGUUGCAGCAGCAAACGGCUGCCUAUCACCUGCUGCAGCAGGUGGCCGCUGUCUCGGGUGAGCCCCAGGCACAUUAUAAAGGCAAUCCGUAUAGUGCGCUGCCUGGCAUAGGGUCUGCUAUGCCGCUGAGCGCGCAGCCGCCUAGCCUGGAGGAUGAUAAUGCCACGGUGCUGGAUUUGCGCAAUUCAUCAACGGUAAAUGCAGCGCCUGCAGCAAUGCCCACGCCUGUGGUAACGCCCACGCCUCGUAGCCAGGCGGGCAUUGCGUGCGCCUCCUCGGCUGAGGUGGGCAUUCUGGAUCUGUCCAUGCCCGAUAAGAACUCCAUUACGGAAGUCUGCUAUGUGUGCGGCGACGAGCAGCGUCGCGGCAGCCUGGUCGAACUAAGCACCGUCAAGCCAAAGGAAUCCCGCCACGGUCAGUCGGUUGCCUACUUUCCGCUCUUCAACGAACAGCAUCCGCGACCAGCGCGUUCGCGUCCAAAGGAUCCACGUGGCAUGAUACAGGCCUGCAUGCCCUGCUACGAGGAUCUCAUGCAGCAGUGGAACGCCCAUCAGGCUGCGCACACUCCAGAGUCGCAACGCUCCUAUAUGCUGCGUAAGCGUUCGACGCCGGCGCCCGUGACGGAGCGAACAACUUUUGUGUGCUACACUUGCGGCACGGAUACGCCCUCGUCGCAGCUGAGACUGGUCUACUGCUGCGCCAACACAGAACGGGAGCCCUACUAUCCGUUCAUCAAGACAAUGAAGGUCUUCAAAAAUGCUAGUCCCAUCAGUCCGCAAGGCAUGGUGCAAAUCUGCGCCGGCUGCAGCGAGAAGCACAGCAGCCUGGCCGAGGGCGGCCCGCCUGUACCUGCCACAUCGGAGUCCGGCGCCACGCAAUCCCUGGAGUCCAGCUCGGCCAUGUACAGCGCUAGCGGCGCGAUUGCUGGCAAUCAUGUGACGGCAUUUGUGGGUCACAAUUCGCCCUCGGAGAAGUCGCUAGCCAAUUCGGACUCAACGAGCAAUGUGCGCUUCAAGCCAUACGAAACCUGCUCGAACAACUCCAACUCAAACACGGCGCGCGACUUCAAGCAGAUACGACGCACCGACUCGAGGCCCAGUUCGCCCAGCUCAACCCAGGGACAUAUCGAAAAUGGCCACGCCCAGUAUCCCUGCUCCAUUUGCAAAGUUCUCUGGCCGUCCAAUAAAAUGGAUUGGCUGUCCACUAGUGCCGAGCACAUGAACUCGCAUGCCAUGCACUUUCCCUGUCUCAAGGUCAAUGCCAGCAGCAACAGCAAUGGUCUUAGCAAUAAUAACAACAACAACAAUAACAAUAACAACAACAACGAACUGAAUAACAAUCGUGUGUUAGCCUGCAAGGAUUGCAUUAACUACUUAACCAGCCAGUGGGAGUCAAUGGAUGCGGAGCGUGUUCCACUGGAGCACAGAAGAUACAAAAUACCCUCGCCCAUGCUGACCUCCAGCUCACCGAAUGGAUCUCGCCAUGGCGCCAUGAGCACCUGCACGCCGCCCUCAACGCCAUCGGUCUCCUCGUCAACGCCGGCCAGCACCUCAAUCUACUGUUUCCUCUGCGGCCUGCACUCGGACCUAACACUUGCCAGAAUUCUGUAUGGUAGCAAAGAGGGCUCGAGACCUUACUUUCCCUUGUUGCUGAAGCACAAUUCUUUGCCAAAUGCCGAGCAGCUGAGAAACAAUUCAGCUCUAGUCUGCACAUUUUGCUAUCAUUCCAUGCUGAAUCAGUGGCGCAAAUAUGAAGCUCAAAGUCCCAGCCUUAGUCCAGCGGAUAGGAAAUACAAUUGGCAUGAUUACAAUUGCCAUUUGUGCGGCAUUACGACUUACAGAAAACGGGUGCGAGCGCUGCCUGUCAAUGAGUUUCCAUUCGUUAAACAUCAGAAGAGCGACGAUGGACUUCUGCUCGAGAAUGGAGAAUACGCCGUGGUCUGCCUGGACUGCUAUGAGAGCUUGAGGCAACAGGCAUCGCAGCAUGAUCGUUUUGGGGUGCCCCUCUCUAGGCGGGCCUACAACUGGGUGCCCCAGCCACCGCCACCGGAGGACAGUCCCGAUGCCUCAGUGGCGCGUUUGCCCUGCGGCGAGCGUUCUGAUCGCAUACUUAUGAGUAACGCACUGAGGCCCAUUCCAAGCAAGAAGACAACGUCGCCAAAGCAAUACGAAAAGUCUAAAGAAGUGCCGCCCAAGGCUGGACAGAAGCGACCGGCUACCAGCCCAGCGCCUCAUAUACCCGUGCCGCAUCAUCUGCAGACACCGCCGAACUCGGGCAGCGUGCCGGGCGUUGCGUCCGUUGCAAAUAGUCCGGCGCCGCCGACAGCGAGCGGUGCACUGCUGAACCAUGUCCUGCCCACCAACCACAUUGGCGGCCAGUCGCCACAGCAGCAGCAACAGCAACAGCACCAGCAGCAGCAGCAGCAACAGCAGCAUCAAGCGCAUCAGCAGGCAGUGGCCGCUGCCGUGCAGCAGCAGCUGGCGGGCGUGGGCGUACCACCGGGCGCCAUCAAUGCAGCUUCAGCGGCCAACGCACGCGGCUCAUUUGCAGCGGCACUGCGCACGCUGGCCAAACAGGCGGAUAUCAAGGAGGAAGACGAUGCGGUCAGCGUGGCCCGGGAGCGCAAUGUGCCCACAUCGGCGGCACCGCCCAACGCCGGACCUGUACCUGUGCCGCUCAACUCGGUGGCCGGACGCGGCGUGGUCUCGUCCGCUGGCGAGGAUCGUGUCGCUGCCAACAAGAAACGCUCGCCGCCUUCGCCACAGCCGCCAGAGAAAAUGGCCAGGCUCAGUCAUACGCCGCAGGCAGCUAUGCAGCCCGAGCUGCUCGCACGCAGCGGAUUUCAGCCGUACAGAUCUGACGAGCGACUGAUGCAUCCGGCCGGUGCCUUUCCCCUGGAGGCCUACUCGCACUUUGCCGGCCUGCCCGGCAUUCCUCCAGCAGCAUUUCUGAAUCCGGCGGCGGGUCUGCCCUACUCGGAUCCGCUGUACCUGGAGCAUCGCUAUCAGCUGUUCCGCGCAGCUGGCGGACAUCAUACGCAUCCACAUGCAGCGGCGCUAUAUCCGCCAAUGGCCUCGCCGUAUUCGCAUUUGUACUCGAUGAUGCCGGGCGCUGCGUUGGGCAUGUCGCCGGCAAUGCACGAUCGCCUAAAGCUGGAGGAGGAGCAUCGGGCGCGCCUGGCGCGUGAAGAGGAGCGAGAGCGCGAAAUGCAGCGCGAAAAGGAACGAGAGCUGCGUGAGCAGCGCGAAAAGGAACAGCGCGAACGCGAACGUGAACAGCGUGAACGGGAACGGGAACAGCGUGAAAAGGAGCAGCGCGAGAAGGAGCAGAAGGAGAAAGAGGCACGCGAGCGUAAAAUGCGCGAGGAGGAGCGCGAGGCCAGAGAGCGCGAGCGCCAGCAGCUGCUGAAUGCGACGCAUCACUACUCCAAUCAGCUGUACGCGCCACUUAAUCGCAACCUGCUCGGCUCCAUGAUGCCGCACAUCAAUCUGGGCCUGCGUGGCCCGCCCGGCGGCCUGCACAGUCUGGCGGGCAUGUCGCAUUAUCACGCGGCGGCUGCUAAUGCGCAACGGCAGAGCCCAAUGGGCCUCAAUCUGGGCAUGGCUGGCAUGCCCACAUUGCCGGGCCACGGACCCACGAACCUGCAGCAUCACCUGCAGCAGGCGGCCAUGGGUCUGGCUGGCCAUCCUGGGGCAGCUGGGCUCACACAUCCGGGCUUCUCGGCGGCCGCUGCGCUCGGCCUGGGCCCGCAUCCACACAGCCUCAAUCUGAGCCAUGCGCAUCUCUCGCCGCAUCAUGCGGUGCAUCAGCUGCCGCCACACUCUGUUGCCAGCUCGUCGGCUGGGCCCAGUCCUGGGGUGGUGGCCAGCAGUGCGGUAGCCACGUCAUCGUCGCCGCACAGCAGCCUUAACCUGACAGUGGCCACCAGCAGUAUGGCUCAAACUACGUCCACGCCCAGCUCGCACAUUCCGACCAUGAGCCACUACUACCACCAUGGACAUCUGGCGGCCAUGCACGCAGCAGCGGCUGCCAGCGGGCUCACUCCUGUCGCCGCCCAUCAGCAGCCCAUUAGCGCCGCAGCGCAUCCGACAUCGCCUAAGAUUACGCCACCUCUAGGCUCGGCCCCCAAUGGCGGCUCCCGCGCCGCCAGCAGUCCUCACGCCAUGCGACAUCACAUUGCUGCCGUUGUCGCAGCCGCUGCCCAGCAGCAGUCUGUGCUCAUGGAGAAAAGCGGUGGUGCACCACCGACGCCGCUCACGCACGAGCCGACGACCCUAGACCUGACCGGCUCCAAUUCAAACUCGAGCAACCAAGCUCAGUCGAGCGCCAGCAACAGCACGUCCGCAGCGCAUGAGCUGAAUGGCAUUGAGUCAAAUGGCCCCACGGACGGCAAGGAAGCAGCUUCACUGACCGUGGGCAAGGAGGAUCCACUACAGAGCGCCACGCCACCUGUGGCACUCGAGAAAAAGCCGGCAACGCCGAAUGCCAGCGGCAAUCAGGAGAAAGCGCUUCUGCCGGAUAGCUCGCCAGAGAACUCGUCCCGACGCAGUGCGAGUCCGCCCAACGCGGACAACAACAGCAGCAGCAACGCCAACGCCAACGCCAACGCCAAUGCCACCAACAACAACUCGAGCGGCGCAACAGCCACUGGAGCGGCAACUGGCGCUUCACAAGGUAAUAGCAGUACGGAGAUCGCUCCCAAGAUUCUAGCAUCCAGCACGCCGCCUGCCCAGAAGCAGGAGCAUGCUGAGCAGCUAGAGCCAUCGCCGCCGGUGCCGCAGCGAGCAAAGCUGUCGCCGGACGAUGCGGCAGUGGUGUCGUGUGGCAGCGCAGUCACCUCCACCACCAGUGGCAGCAACUCCCCGCCGGUGGUCAGCAGCAGCACGAAUAUUGCGGCGGCGGCGGCGGCAGCGGCAGCGUCAACACCUGCCGCUGAUGAGGUGACCACGAGUGCCACGCCCAUUGCCGAAACAUCGAGAUGAUCCUACUUAACGGCAGCACUUGAACUUUCAGAGAGCCCCAAUCGGGGGCACGUAGUUAGUAGUUCGUGAAGAGAUCGAAACUAGUUAACAUCAUCUACCUUCAACAUAGCCGUAAAUCCAAAUGUUUAUUUAUAAACGAAAGUAUACAAUAAUUUGUAACGUAUUGCAUCAUCAUCCUCAUCGCCUAGGGUUGACCACAGUUGAUCGUGUUCAAUAUCAAAUACAUGCUACUAUUAACAUUAUGAUUACAUUUAUUAUUAUCUAAUAUGAUUUCUUUUUAUUUAAUUGUCAAAUGUUUGCUCUAGAAUUG